UCCUCCGGUGGAAUCAGUCGACGGAUCGGGCUCUGGACUUGUUGCCACGUCGGACGCACCGGGGCGGUGAAGCUCAGCUCGUCUCAUUCAUUCAGGAAUAAAAAAACACAGUUUGUGAUUCUCCCGCAGACAUGGUUUCUGUCAUCAACACGGUGGACACGUCGCACGAGGACAUGAUCCACGAUGCUCAGAUGGAUUACUACGGCACUCGACUUGCCACCUGUUCGUCUGAUCGCACCGUGAAGAUCUUCGAUGUCAGAAACGGAGGUCAGAUACUGGUUGCAGACCUCAGAGGCCACGAGGGUCCCGUGUGGCAGGUAGCGUGGGCCCACCCGAUGUUUGGCAACAUCCUGGCGUCCUGUUCCUACGACCGUAAAGUCAUCAUCUGGAAGGAGGAGAACGGAUCCUGGGACAAGAUGUACGAAUACACCGGACAUGAGUCAUCAGUGAACUCUGUCUGCUGGGGUCCCUAUGAAUUCGGUCUUAUCUUGGCCUGCGGCAGCUCAGACGGAGCCAUUUCCCUCCUCACAUUUACUGGAGAUCAGCAGUGGGACGUCAAGAAGAUCAGCAACGCACACACCAUCGGCUGUAACGCAGUGAGCUGGGCUCCUGCUGUGGUUCCAGGCAGCCUCAUCGAUCAGCCGUCAGGACAGAAACCAAACUACGUCAAACGCUUUGUCUCCGGAGGCUGCGACAACCUGGUCAAACUCUGGAAAGAGGAGGACGGUCAGUGGAAGGAGGACCAGAAGCUGGAGGCCCACAGUGAUUGGGUGAGAGAUGUCGGCUGGGCUCCAUCUAUUGGUCUUCCCACCAGCACCAUCGCUAGUUGUUCCCAGGAUGGACGCGUGUUCAUCUGGACGUGUGACGACCCGGCCGGAAACACCUGGACGGCCAAGCUGCUCCAUAAGUUCAACGAUGUGGUUUGGCACGUCAGCUGGUCCAUCACUGGAAACAUACUGGCUGUUUCUGGAGGAGACAACAAGGUGACGUUGUGGAAGGAGUCGAUGGACGGUCAGUGGGCUUGUAUCAGUGAUGUCAGCAAGGGGCAGGGCGCCGUCUCCACCAUCACAGACACACAACAGAACGAGCAGUGACACACACACACACACACACACACACACACACACACACAACAGUAAUAAACAUGACAUUUAAACUUACAACAAAACGUCCGCAGCGAUUGGUUUGUAAUCAGUUUUUUUUUAAGGCUUCAGAAUGAGCUGGACAUCUUUUUGCCCGUUUCUACACUUUAUCAGAAAGAAGAGAAACCACAGUUGAAGCAGUGUUUGGUUUCCUUUUUUUCCUCUUGAUGAGGUUUUUGAUGACUGAUAAUAAUCACCUGAACAUUUUCAUCAGAUGCACAUUACUUUAAAAACAGCGCCCGCCCUCCUUCUCAUCCCACGGUGCUCUGCUCCUGAAACAUUCCACCUCCAUCGGCGGAGAACAAAAACCACCGGGAUGCUCCCAGCAUCCUCGGCAGCAGCUGUCAGUCGACAAAUCUUUACUCUGUUGUUCAACUGUAACGCAGUUUUCUUUUCUUUGUAAUAUAAAAUGUAUUUGGUGAAAAACCAGAUUCACUUCUGAGGCUGAAAACAGAUUCUCGUGUUCACACAGUGAGAAAAUUCUGCCUGGUUUCUUCGUGAGAAAAACUCAAACCCAAACUCCAGAGAAUAAAUAAAUAAAUAAAUAAAUUAUUUAGCGAACUGCUGACGAGUUCAGAUUCUUUUCAACAUGUGUGAGUUGAUUGACAGGAAUUAGUAAAACAAGUUCCGCCUUAAUUCAUCAGCCAUGACACUGCUAAGGCAAACCGUACCUGAAUACGUCAAUAUGUUGCCAUGACGACCAUGAAUGGAGCUUAAUUAUAAAACUUUUUUUUUUUCAUUUGUGAAAUCAGAAACCAGUGAUGUUUUUUUUUUCAUAUUUGAUGUAAUUAAAUAACUAAUGUUAAAA